AUGCAGCUAAGGAAGGAGAAUUCAUGUGGCCAUCGAAUUCUACCGGCAGUAAAAGUUGGGGAAACGGAAGAUAUAACCGAGGAAGCAGCAAUAAUUACACUAACAAGGGCUAUUAGCUUCUACUCAACACUUCAAGCCCAUGAUGGACAUUGGCCAACUGAAUCCUCCGGCCCUUUGUAUUUCCCACCUCCAUUAGUCAUUGCGUUGUAUGUCUCAGGGGAGCCGAAUGCUAUCUUGACACCUGAACAUCAAAAGGAGAUUAUUCGCUAUGUAUACAAUCAUCAGAAUGAAGAUGGAGGUUGGGGACUUCACAUAGAGGGCCACAGCAUCGUAUUUAGCUCAAUCCUUAACUACGUUACGUUGAGAUUGCUAGGAGAAGGACCUGAAGAUGGGGAGGAAAAGGCCACGGCUAGAGCCCGAAAAUGGAUUCUUGAUCGCGGCGGUGCAGUUGCAAUUUCCUCCCGGGGAAAGUUUUUUCUAAGUCUUCUUGGAGUAUACGAGUGGGAAGGCUGCAAUCCUAUUCCUCCUGAGAUUUGGUUGCUUCCAAAAUCCUUUCCUAUUCAUCCAGGGAGGUUGAUGUCUUAUUUUCGAUUGACAUACAUGCCCAUGUCAUAUUUAUAUGCGAAGAACUUUGUCGGAACCAUAUCUGGACUGGUAAAAUCUUUAAGACAGGAGCUAUAUGUAAUGCCGUAUCAGGAAAUUGAUUGGAACAAAGCAAGAAAUACUUGUGCAAUGGAGGAUCUCUUUCACCCAUUUCCAUGGGUACAAGAUAUGAUAUGGGGAUUCCUGUACUAUUUAGCUAAACCUAUUCUUACUCGAUGGCCUUUUUCCAUUUUGAGGGAAAAGGCUUUGAGAAAAGCAAUGGAACGCGUACAUUACGAGGAUAAGUCCACCAGCUACGCCUGUGUUGCAGUUGUUGAGAAGGUAAUUCGCCUAAUUGCUUGUUGGGUGGAGGAUCCAAAUUCAGAAGCCUAUAAACGCCGUCUUGCCCGAAUUCCUGACUUUUUUUGGGUAGCAGAGGAUGGAUUGAAGUUGCAGCUUCUGGGAAGCCAAACGUGGGAUGUUGCACUUUCCAUUCAAGCAAUAUUAUCUAGUGAUCUCGCAGAAGAAUAUGGUCCAACACUUAAGAAAGCACAUGAUUACCUAAAAGCAUCACAGCUUCAAGAUGACCCUCCAGGAAACUUUCACGAAAUGUAUCGCCAUAUUUCUAAAGGUGGUUGGACAUUUGCAACUCAAGAUCAUCGUUGGCAAGUCUUAGAUUGCACUGCUGAAGCACUUAGGGUUGUACUAUCCUUUGCACAAAUGCCACCGGAGCUUGUUGGUGAGAGAAUCGAAACAGAACUGCAUUAUUUUGUCCCUGCAAAGAAAAAGCGGGGGGUUCUCAUCCUAGGAACCCGAGCAAUCAUAUCGUUGGUUGAUGGUAACUAG